GCGCAACCUUCCUUCCUGGUGCUUUUUGUUUCGCACCAAUGGCUGGGAGGUAGCCAUCCAGACGCGACUGGAGCCCAAACGGGCGUCCUGCGCAGCAUCCUGCGGAACAUCAUCGAAGGACACACGGAGGUGGAGACGACCAUGGCCGACCAGUUUCAUGGAUAUCAGCGCAAGCUGCCUUCCCGGGAGCAGCUGAAAGGGGCUUACAUCUGGUUCGACUGGUUCUCGGUACCUCAGGUCGUGGGUGCCACGCCAGAGAACAGGGAGACGGUGUUGAUUGCCUCCCGUCGGGCCAUCCGAUCCAUCCCCGCGUAUGUGGACGCCUCGCAGGUCUUCGUGGCGCUGGUGCCGCGCCUCCCGCACAACGUCACAGGAAGGCUUUGCAAUCACAGCACGUGGCACCGAAGAGGCUGGUGCCGAUUGGAGAUGUGGUGCAAGCUUCUGUCCGAGAGGGAUGAGAACCCUGUGGUAGUCGCCUACGGUGACGAUUCGGCGCAGUUUGCUGCGCCCAUGGAUCAGAUCCAUUUCUAUGUUCACGAAGGUGACUUCUCGGUGGAAAGUGAUCGACAGACUUGUGGCGAAGUCGUGCAGAAAUGCCUCGAUUUUCGCCUCGCGAACCUGGCACUAGGUACAGAGUUCAAGCAGCGCGAGCUCUAUCGCUUCUUUGCUGCUCGCUACGAAGACUUCGCGGGAUUGCCGGUGCCAAGCAGGACGCCCCGCGAAUUCUUGACCCAUUUUCGGUUUGGUUCUCAGGAGUUGGCGGUGCAGCAGAAGACGGGCAUGGGGCCCAUCGCUUGCGCAGCGGCCUCCGGAGACAUCGGAAUGAUUCGCUACUUUGCCGAGGCAGGAGCAUCGCUUCACACGCGGUGCUUCUCCAUGCAGGAAUGCGAUGUUGAGUCCGGCGCCACCCCUCUUCACCUCGCCGCCCGGCGUGGCCUCCGCUCUGGCGAUGCGUUGAAGGAGCUCCUGCAGCUCCGAUCUGAUCCCAACGCCGCCUUCAGCCAGACUCGGACACCGCUGUCGUACAUCUCCAGCGCGGAAGGAGUGGAUCUGCUAAUCGAGCAUCGUGCCGAUGUGAACAUGCGCGUGGCCCCGCUUUGGAUUUCACCGUUGACUUCCGCCGCCUGCUUCGGAGCCCCCAUGGAGGCUUUGGCCAAGCUGGUGGAGGCGCGGGCCGAUGUGAACCUUUGCAACGGGGGCGCCGGCCUUCCCGUCUUGGCGGGCAUCGCAAUGUCCAGGAUCUGUCCGCAUGCAGUGGACACAGCUGAGCUCCUGGUGAAGGCCCGUGCGGACGUGGAUCUUCGAUUUCAGCCGGGCGGACCCUUUCGGGCCCUGGAGUUAAUCAGCCGGGGCUAUGCCAAGAUGACGACGCGGAAGGAGAUCCCCUUUGCCCUGAAGUGGUUCUGCGAGGUGACCUCCGGCUCCACCGCGCUGGGGGUUGCCUGCUUUUGUGGCAACGAGGACAUGGUGGAGUUUCUUCUCUUAGCCAGCGCCGACCCGGACAGCCGGAACAACCGGGGGCACACCCCAAUGCAGCUCGCGCGGCACGCGCAUACGCAGCGUGUAUUGGAGGACUUCGUGGGUGCCUCUGUGACUCUUCAGCCCACUCUGUCCAAGAAGACGGCGAAGCUGAAGCAGCGCCACGACGGACGGGCCGGAGGCGCAUCCUUUCUCAGAUUAAGCAUGGAGUGA